UAAUGCUAGCUUCUUCUGUUAAAGAAAUUUGGUGAACGAUCCUUUCACUACUUAAAGGCUCUGCAACUAAUCUUUUCUUUUUUUCUGCUCUAUAUACUUCCAGAAUUUUAUUCAUCUGAUAAAGAACUGGAGCAAUCAAGAAACAUGCUCAUCAAAAUGUUACUCUCCCUUCUCAAUCUCCUCAGGAUCAUCAAGACACACUACUACUCGUUCAUGAUUACGUUACGUGGUGAUCAAUAUCACAAGCUUCCCGGAAUAAGUUAUUCUGAUCGUGUUGUGCUACAAGAUCACAAUAAUUUAUUCCUGGAAGUAACCCCUUCGCCUUGGUUGGUGCCGUUACCGGUUCACUGUAUAGCUGAAUCCGUGAAGAACCAGCUCCCGGGGGUGCAAAAUAGAGGAGGCAAAACGCAGGAUUCGGAUUAUGGCUCGCACACCGAUACGUGUACUGUGUGCAUGGAUAAAGUGGAAGGAGGGCAAAGGGUGAGAGAGCUUUCCAAUUGUUCACAUGUAUUUCACAAAGAGUGCCUAGAUGCUUGGAUUGAUGAGGGUCAGUUUACCUGUCCUCUUUGUCGAUCCAAUCUAUUGCCAAAGAAUUGUACUACUCCAGAACCAAAAGGUCAUGAACGGGAGUUGGAUUCAUGGAGGGCGGAGAGGAUGAUUUACUUGUUUGGUGACGAUUACCAGUUCAUGAGGUAGCUGGCUUUGUUAGGAUGUAGUAGAUAUUCAGUGGUGAAGCAAGCAUGAGGUCAUUAAUUGAUUGUCCUUGAUGCCAAUAACUCUAAAAACUCCAUGUGUAUUUGUUUGUAUUAUUGUAUUUGACCCCUAUAAUUAACAAUUAAGGCAAACUAAAUUACAACCUCA